UCUCCAUUGAAGAUGGGGUUGUUGUUUACAGGGUUAACUCGUUUACUUCAUGGACUCAUGCAGCUUGCAGGACUAACACCAAAAAUCCUAGAAAUAGAGCCUGGUACCAUCAUGAACAUAUGGAUUCCACAAGAAACUAUCGUCGAAGUUGAUGAAAUACCCCAAUACAUACCACCCAAGAAACCUGCUGUACUCCUCGUGCAUUGUUUCGCGAUGGAUGGUAUCUUUCUGUGGUUUCCACAAGUUUUAGCCCUAACAAGAACGUACUCCGUCUACGUCCCGGACCUCCUGUUCUUCGGUGGCUCAACCACCAACAGAAAUGAGAGGUCUGCUAGCUUUCAGGCCGAGUUUUUGGCCAAAGGGAUGAAGAUCCUUAGCGUGGAGAAAGUGACAUUAGUGGGGUUAAGCUAUGGAGGUUUUGUUGGUUUUGAAAUGGCUAAGUUGUACCCAAAUCUAGUGCAUUCUAUGGUGGUGUCUUCUACCGCUAUAGAGUUAACGGAGUCACUUAGCCAUGAGUCAUGCAAGCGAUUUGGUGUAUCCUCUUGGGCAGACCUUCUGUUGCCGGAAACAAUGGAGGGUUUGAUAAGGAUGCUUACUGCUGGUGCUCAUAAAAUGCCAUGGCUUCCAGAUUUCAUUUAUCGUGGCAUUUUUGAGACAAUGUUCAAAAACAGAAAAGAGAGAAGCGAACUCCUGGCAGCAUUGGUCGUCCCCGACAAUGAUGCGAACACGGUUGCUAAAUACUCUCAGAGGAUACAUAUGUUGUGGGGUGAGGAGGACAAGAUCUUCAGUUAUGAGCUUGCGAAAGCCAUGAAAGCGCGAUUGGGUGCUGAAACGACUAUAGAGUACAUAAAGUCUGCUGGUCAUCUUUUACCGUUAGAGCAACCCCUCGCAUACAAUCGACAUCUCAAACGUUUUCUUGCAAGUUGUGUUUAAAUUUUGUUGGUAUUGUUUGAAAUAAUUUUAAAAUUUGAAGUCACAUAAUGGUCAAUUGAUAUUAAGUUUUAUUUUUAAGCUAUAAUAUGUAAUUUCAAAUGUCAAUAGAAAAUCAUUACCUAUAUUCAAGACAA